CUCCACCAGCGACUUUGGACUCUGAUCUUCACACACAAAUUCCCACCACCAUCACCACCACCACCGAAAUGGGAUACAGUACUGAUAAUAAGAGAACCACCACCACCACCACUUCACAGCUGACAUCUUCUCCUUCUUCUCCCUCAUCCUCCGCAGUUAGUGGCGGCGGUGUUGGAUCCCCGGCGAGCCCCGCGGCUCCUCCGUCGUCCCCUCCGCCGGUCAUUCUCACUCCCUGCGCCGCCUGCAAGAUUCUCCGGCGGAGAUGCGUCGACCGGUGCGUGUUGGCGCCCUACUUUCCCCCUACCGACCCCCUCAAGUUCACCAUCGCCCACCGCGUCUUUGGCGCCAGCAACAUCAUCAAAAUGCUUCAGGAUCUGGCCGAGGACCAGAGAGCGGAUGCAGUGAACAGCAUGGUGUACGAGGCGAGCGCUCGGAUCAGAGAUCCGGUGUACGGUUGCGCGGGGGCGAUUUGCCAGCUGCAGAAGCAAAUGAGCGAGGUGCAGGCGGAGUUAGCUAAGGCGCAGGCGGAGAUCUUGAAUCUGCAGUGCCAAAACACCAACCUGAAAACCCUAGUCUGCAUGCAAAUGGCGUCAUCGUCGUCGUCGUCGCAGCAACAACAACGUCAUCACGACAACCUCUCCUCGCCGGUACAAGAACACCUGUCGUCGUACGAAAGCGGCAGCUUCCUUCUAGAAGACUGCAGUUUUUCGUCGGACAUUUUGGAACCAAUGCUCUGGGGAUGAAGAAUGAUCAGAAGGACGACAGUUCAAAGGGGUAUAGUAGGGAUCGGAGAAUGAUUUAUUUAAUUAGUUACAAAAAGUCUACAGAGAGAUGGAGAAGAAGGAUUAAAUUUUACUUAAUUACUUAAUUUCGUCAUUAGAGAGGCUAAAGCCAUCUUAAUGUCAUGAUCAACGACGGAGGGCAUGCAUCCAUGACUGAAGCAGUCAAAGCAGCAGCUGAUCGAUGCCAUUUAAUUACAAUAUUUUCUACAAAUAUUACUGAUGAAGAAUUAAUAAUAUUUUUACCUUCAAUAACUGAAAA